AUGUACAAGAUUGCUUGCCUAUUCCUCCUGAUUUUCACUGCCAGUUGCUCGGCACAAACAAGCGUUGGUGUCAAAGGGACCCUAAUGUGUGGUAAACAAAUCUACAAUAACGCUGCAGUGAAACUGUCUUAUAAGCAUGGAACUGAAGGAUUCAAAACGUUGAGUGAAACGCGGCAAUCACCAAAUGGUACAUUUAGCAUUACAUUUGAAAGUAAAGAUUCAAAAGCGCUGAAGGAAAUUGUCUUGAAAAUACACCACAGCUGUGCCGCAACACCGAUGUAUAAAAUUGUUUAUCUAUUGAUAACGAUAUUCCUAAUCAAUUGUUUUGCAAUCGAACCACCAAGUCUUAAUGCUCAAGGAACCUUAAUGUGUGGUGAAAAACCAUUAAAUGGUGCCAAAAUUCAACUAUUGUUUAGUAACAAAACAGGCAAUAGCUACGAAUUAGGUGAAACAAAAUCAAUUCAAAAUGGUACAUAUGCGAUAACAGCGAGCAUCGACCCGAAAGCACUGAAGAUUCAAAUGAAAAUAUUUCACAAUUGCCUUGAUAAACUUAUGCCGUGUAAAAGAACCGCGAAUAUUAAUAUACCAAGGACAUUUAUAACAGGUGCAGGCGAAAAACCGAAAUGGUUCAAUACUUAUACUAUGAAUAUGGAAUUAAUACCCAGUGGUGAGGUAAUGGUCUGUUAUAGUGACUUGGCAUAA